AUGUGGAUUGUUUUGGUUUUUAUGCUGAAUCUUUAUUUGCAGAACUGCGCAGCUGAUAUUUGCAACUGGAUCGGGAGCGGUUUGGCUCCUGGCGCAGACCCCAGAGCUGUUCUUCAGGUGCGACUGCGCUGCACCGAGGGUUCGGUUCGGUGGGUCUACCCGGGUCAGGCUCUCAGGGUGGUUCUGGAGCCGAACCCGUCUUUCUCACUGCGCUCCAAUGUGUGCAUCAAACCGCGCGGCUCCUUCCACGGAGCCAGUGUGUUCAUGGAGAGGUCCGGGGCCCUGGAACUGCUCGUGACGGACGGCUGGCGGCCGGAGCAGGUGUUCUGUUUUCGGGCAGACGGACCGCAGAGGUUUGCUCUCUACAUCCAGGCCAGUCCGCAGGAUGAGGGGACCCAGAGGAGGCGCACGAUGGGCUUCAGAUACGAGCUGCUGCGCAACAGGAGCGCGUUCAGCGCGCGUCACGGCGGGCUGCAAGCUUCAUGUCAGCCCUGCAAUGAUACAGAACUUCUCAUGGCCGUCUGCAACAGUGAUUUUGUGGUUCGAGGCCACAUUAAAAACGUCUCCCAUGAUGCCGAGCAGCAGACAUCGCUAGUGGAGGUGGCAACAGGGCGACUCUACCGCCAGCGGAGUGGAGUGUUCCAGCGGGAAGUGGUUGCCAUGGGGUCUGUCUCAUCCUGGCGCGGACAUAUACGCAUGCUGCUGCAGUGCCGAGUAAAGCCUGGAGGGGGAGUGUUUCUCUUCACCGGGUCAGAACACUUUGGUGAAGCCUGGUUAGGGUGUGCCCCAAGAUACAAACACUUCCUGUCGGUGUACCAGGCGGCUCAGGUGGCGCACCUCAACCCCUGUGACUUCCCUUUAGACUGAGGAAGUGUGUCAUAGUGAUUUUAGCAUCUGUGAGCUCAGCCUGUAUCCACAGGCGUCACUGUGGUGCAGCUCGAAACCGUGAUGCCGCUGAGGCAGCGUCACCGACAGCAGGUCAGACCUACACACUCACAAAAUAAGAGUAUUAGGGUGCACCGGUUUUAGUUUUCUGUCACCUGCCCUGCAUGCUUUCUAUGUCUACCUGCUGCAACCACAGCUGAUUAGUCACAUCUGGUAUUUCCCAACUCUUGUUUGGCUGAGCACGCCUGAGUUGGUUCACUUGCAGCGAUUGGAGCAAUGAGAGUUGGAGAACAUGCAGGGUGAGUGCGCCAAAGGAGCAGGAUUGCAAUCCUCA